UUGUCUGUGUUCACUGUAUAUAAAGGACCCCAAACACAAGAGACUCCAAAACGAACAACCACAAAACACUGAAUUCUACUCGUUGCUCAUCUUCAUUAAGACAGCAUGGGAUCCUCAAAGCUGGCUUUCAUUAUGGUCCUGAUGGCCUGCGUAGAACACGCCUGGUCUGCCUCCUGUGUGGUCGACAGCUUCACAGUCAAGGCGGACUUCGACCCUAAGAGGUAUUCUGGGAAGUGGUACGCUCUGCAGAAGAAGGACCCUGAGGGCCUGUUCCUUCAGGACAACAUCUCCGCUGAGUACACCGUCGAUGAUGACGGCACCAUGACCGCCUCCUCCAAGGGACGUGUCACUCUCUUUGGGUUCUGGGUUGUGUGCGCUGACAUGGCUGCCCAGUACACCGUGCCUAACCCCACCAACCCCGGCAAGAUGUUCAUGAACUACCAGGGACUGGCCAGCUACCUGGCCAGUGGAGGUGACAACUACUGGGUGAUUGACACCGACUAUGAUAACUAUGCCAUCACCUACGCCUGCCGUACUCUGAAGGACGAUGGAAGCUGUGAAGACGGUUACUCCCUGAUCUUCUCCCGUAAUCCCCGUGGCCUGCCCCCAGCAAUCCAGCGCAUUGUCCGUGGGAAACAGGAGGAGAUCUGCAUGGCUGGCCAGUUUGAGCCUGUCCUGCAGUCCGGAGCUUGCUAAAUUGUCAGCGCAGCCUGCACCAAAUUCCUUAAGCAUGCUGGCAUGAGAAGAGGCGUCCAGGGCCAAUGGAUAGAUCCAUAGCAGCGCGCUGUAGAAAUGAAUAGACCAUGUUGCGAGGCGGGAGGGAAAAGUCAACCUCCGCCACCAUUGUCUCAAGGGAAGGGUUGCUCAAUCGGGGUUGGUGCGUUGUGUCAAGUCAAGUGUGUAUGUGAAAAUAAAUAUAUUUUUUAAACAAA